GGAAGGCUGCAGCUUGUUGAAGAGAGGGCGAGCGGAUACGGAGCUCAGAAGCAACAAACACGUAGCUAGAACAUCCCAUAACUUCAUUUUAGACUCAGUUCCUAUGGAAGGAGCUGCAACAAAACAGAUAGAGAUGAAGAUUGGGCCCAUGCAGACCUGCAGUUCACAUAAAAACGCAGUUCCAGAUGGAUCGGGUGGCAUUGAAGGAUCCAAAAUGCUUCAGAAGAAGUCUUGUCUGUGCGCACGGAGUCGCGCGAUAACCGGAUGCUGCUGAGCUCCGUGCAGGUCUGUCGGUUACCGCUUGCUGUUCACGUGUUACUUUCUCAGAGAAAAUAAAGCAACUGACAAAGGAGGCGAUAUGUCCGAUCCAAGCCUGUAUAAAACAAGUGACCGGAGGGAAGACAGAGGAAGAGAAGCUCUUGGAGGCAGUCGAAACCUCAGCUGCGGUUGUCACAAGUGCAGCUGAAGCUCCACCUUUCAUGGGAGCUGCUUCACCACGAGAUGAAGAGUUGUGCUGAAGCUCAGGACAAAAAGCAGUGAAGACUUAUGGUGAUGCUGUAUAGCAGCGACUUAAGACCAGUUGAAGAUAAAGGGCCUUCCUCAGGGGCCCAGCAGUGGCAGCGCUGAGAUUUGAACUCCUGACUUUCUGAUCAUUGCUCUAACAUCUAACCACUGAGCUACCGCUGCUGUAUAACUACAUAACAGCCAGCAGAACAUUGACAUGGAUCGUGGUUUCUACAGAAAGGUGGAUGUUCCAGACCACGCUCACUACAUCGUGGCCGCCUUCGUGGCAGUCAUCGGGGCUGUGGGGGUCAUCGGUAACGCACUGGUUAUGUACGCGUUCUUCUGUAACAAAAAACUACGCUCUCCACCCAACUACUUCAUUGUCAACCUGGCUGUGAGUGACUUCCUCAUGGCCAGCACUCAGUCACCCAUCUUUUUUGUCAGUAGUUUGUAUAAGGAGUGGGUGUUUGGAAAAACAGGGUGUAAGAUCUAUGCCUUCUGUGGUGCUUUGUUUGGCAUCACUUCCAUGAUUAACCUGGUGGCCAUUUCCAUCGACCGCUACAUAGUGAUCACCAAGCCACUGCAGGCUAUCAGGUGGAAUUCUAAACGCCGGACACUUAUCAGCAUCCUGCUAGUGUGGGUUUACUCGCUGGCCUGGAGUUCAGCACCUUUACUUGGAUGGAGCUCCUAUAUCCCAGAAGGCCUCAUGACUUCUUGCACCUGGGACUAUGUUACAGCAACUCCAGCUAAUAAAAGCUACACACUCAUGCUGUGCUGCUUGGUGUUUUUUGUCCCCUUGGGCAUCAUAUCCUUCUGCUAUGUCUUCAUGUUUCUAGCUAUUCGUAACGCAAGCAGAGAUCUACAGAGCAUGGGCACACCGAUGAGGAACACCACACUGGGCCAUCAGCAGUCAAUAACAAGAGAGUGGAAACUGGCGAAGAUUGCCUUUGUGGUCAUUGUUGUUUAUGUGCUGUCCUGGUCACCCUACGCCUGCGUUACUCUCAUCGCCUGGGCAGGUUACAGCAGCAUCCUGACGCCGUAUUCCAAAGCAGUGCCUGCAGUCAUUGCCAAAGCUUCUGCCAUUUAUAAUCCUUUCAUCUACGCCAUAAUCCACUCCAAAUACAGAGACACGCUAGCUGAGAAGGUGCCGUGUCUAUACUUCUUGAACAAGGCUCCUCGUAAGCAGUGUGUCCCCGGUUCAAACAGUAACUUUUCACUAAGGAAUUUGAUGCUCAGCAUGCAGUCAUCAGAUUCAAGGACAGAUUUCCUCUCAGUGUCUUCAGUGUUUACUGGACCCACACAGGCUCCAUUGUUCAGAACAGCUAACCAGCUCAUUGAGAAGCAGGAAGUCAAGUUCAAGGACUACCUGGUUCAAGAGAAGCCAGCCGCCUUCCCAGAAGGAGUCUCGCUGAGCAUCUGUGACCAAGGUUUGUUGUCUGGUUCAGCAAACCUGGCCACCAUUCCCCUUCUCAUGAUGAGUCCAGGAGACGACCACAAGGAAGAUAAUGUGCAAGAGGAACAGAUUGCGUCCUCUUAACAUCACAAGAGCUGUUGAAGACCUUCACAAAGACAUUUAUAAGAACACAGGUAUGCUAGAUAUCGUCAGCAGACAGUCAGUCGUCAGGUCACAGAUGGAAUGACCUGUCUGAGGAUACAAGCUAGUUGAAGGUGGAGGAUUGGAGGAACCGACCUGCUGACGGAAGAGCAGAAACUGUUCCCAAGAGUCUCCAGAGAUUCUUCACAUUCUACUCUCUGUAUCUCUACUUCUCUCUAAUUCUGCUAAUUCAGAUCAGGUCUCUGUGGAGAGCACAUCGUACCAUCUUCAAUUACUCUUAUACACGUAUGCACAAUUUCUGUAGAGACCAUAUCUGUACCAUGCGUUCACAUGUAGUUAAUAUUCUUUUACUGUCAGUAUUGAAGCAUCCCAAGUUACACCCAGUGUGUUUGGUUACAUUUUGAAUUAUCUCUCACCACACAUAUUCUACAUUAGAAUUAAUUUUUUUUGUUGAAUAGAAAUGCAAUGAUGGAAAUGUUGGAAAUCAAUUUGUACUAAACAACAAAAACAUGUACCGUAUAGUAUGGCAAUAUACUUAUACUAUUUCAGAAGAACAGAGAAGUCCAUAUAUGAGAUCGCUUUUUUUUUUUGCAUGACCGUGUUUUG